AUGGAAAGUCUGACUUCAGCUCUUAACAAUUCAGGGAACGACCUUAACUGCCUUGAGACUUUCACAGGUUAUGAGGAGUCUCUUUCACCUCUUCAAGGGACUCCAACUCGCCUAGGGCGUCUCAUCAAACCCAAACCCAAUAUGAGCUGCAGGCGAAAGCGGGAGUUCAUUUCCGACGAGAAGAAGGAUGCCUCCUACUGGGAGAAACGCCGCAAGAACAACGAGGCGGCCAAGCGCUCCCGGGAGAAGCGGCGUCUCAAUGACAUGGUUUUGGAGAACCGUGUUAUUGCACUGAAUGAUGAGAAUGUGAGGCUCAAGACAGAGCUGCUCCAGCUGAAGCUGCGCUUUGGCCUUAUAAGCACUGCCUCCUACAUCGAAAAGAGCCAACAGAUCGGUGGCGGCAGCACAGGAAAUGGAGGUUCAUCCUCAUCCUCUUCUACUCAAUACUACUCCAGCGGUUACUCCAGCGGUUCUCAGGUCAUGAUGAACUCUGACUCCUCCGAAACAGAGCAGUCAGGACACAGUGAGGGCCACAGGCAGCUGGUGAAAUACUCCCCACGUGGCUCCCUGUCUGACAUGUCUGAUGGCUCCUCUAGGGAUAGCCCAGAGCCAAUUCCCUUUGAGAUCAAACAGGAGGGUGACAGGCUGGAGAUGGACAUUGCCAAUGGCACCACCACCCAGAUCAUGUUCAACAUCCACCGGGGUCUGGGCUCUGUACCCACUCAUCACCAGAUCCAGCAGCAUUCUCAGGAGCUGGAGGCUGCUUAUCACAGCCAACAGCAGCAGCAGCAGCAGCAGCUCCUUCACCAACAACAACAACCCCAUCAAGAGCCUGCUACCGCUAUCAACACUGUCAGCCAGCCCACCCCUCACCCACCUGCUGCACAGAGGAGUGUCAUUCUGUAUGGCUCAAGCAGUGCCUCCUAUCCUGUGGACAGCCUCACGAGGCCCCAGGACAUCGAUCUGCAGGCGGCCCAGAAGCAGAGUGUCAACCGACUAUCCCAGUCCAUUACAGAGAGCUCCACAGAGACACUUGCAGAGGUGACUAAUCAGCUCGAGAGGAAGACAUUAGACUCCCCUCCUUAUGAGCUCUCAGACAGCCGUAAUGAGGCUGGAGAGAGACCGGUGUACAGAGUUUGCCAACUUCCCCAGCAGCACUUGCAACAGGAGCAUCAGCAGCAGCACCAGCAGCAGCACCAGCAGGACAGUGAUUCGUCUGACGAGCUCCUCCACAAACAAGUGGAGGGGUUCAACCACUCCCACCUGUACCACCAUCUCCAGCAGCCUCAUCCUUCAUACCUCAGUGCCCAAGAUGAGGAGCCACCUGUGCUUACCUACGAAGGUGGACCCCGGAAUGAUGCUUACUACCAAGGGCAAUCAAGCUCCUCUAACAAGGACACAUCAUCAAGUGAUGGAGAUCCCCGGAGUUCCGACAAAGAGGCCUCCACAGAUGAUGAUGAGUCCCCCCCCUCCUCCUGCUCAGACACGGGCAGCUACAACAACCAACAUCUUACCGGCCUCCACCAGCCUGCCUCCCCUCAACCCUCCUCCCAUGGCUGCUCUCAAGCUCAGGGAGAGGUGAAGGGCACAGCGUUGCCCCACAAGCUCAGACUCAAACAUCGGGCCAUGAGCACCAGCAGCAGCGGCCACUGCUCCGGCCAGGAGUCCCCAACCACUCCUCCCUCAGCCACGCCGCCCCCCCUGCCCCAGCACCCCUAUUUAUCCCUCAUGCCACAGCAGAACAUUAAGCUAGAAAGCUUGAGUCUGGGCGGACAGGCGACGUCAGGCGAGGGGACCAGGAAGGAGAGCGGGAAAAAGGAGAUGGGUGGACGACGGAACAAGAGGCGAGAUUAGAUGACAAACUUUUUAAAGCCUGUCACAAUUGAAGCAUUUUGUGAUGCUCUAUAAACUAAAGACACAACUACCCUGCCAUCAUGCCUUUGCCCUAUAAUCAAAUCCCCUCCUCAAGCCCUUGGGACAGGAAGCUGGGCUUUUCUACUCCCCUACCCCCAGUGUCACCAAAUAAGGCUGGACAUCUUGUAGGGCUGUAUCAUAUUUGUAUAUAUUGUACAGAUUUGUCAUUUCUUACAUCCUCUCCAUACUUACAGAAGCACUUUUGUUUAUGUGAUGAGAGGAGGAAUGGAACUGUCUUUUUUCUACUUUUGUCAUUAAACAACCUACAGCAGAGUACAUCAGCGAAAGCACAUUUUGAUCACUUACAAACAAGAAUGUAGAAAAACAAAACAUUUCGAGCUUUAUCAGUACUAUAAAUUUGGUACAUAUCUGACUGUAGACAAACAUACACAUGUAUGGCUAUCUGCCUUAAAAUCAAAUGCAAAUGUACACUGGGGACGUUCCCUCGACCAAAGAAGCACCAACACCACAAUAUCAAGUUCCAUACCUCUUCCCAGACCCUACCUCUACCGACCCAUACUCCCCCCCAGCCAUCUCUAUUAUUUCACAAAAGAUUUGCAUCACCUUUAUUUUUUAAGCACUUGGUUUGUAUAUUACUGUGAUAUAUGAAUAUAUGUAUCUAUUAUAAAUAUAUAUUUUACAAAGAAAUUUGAAUACAAAUUCAACAAAAAAUGCGACAAACCUGCAAUGGUAAAAGAGGAUUUUGAAAGUGACCAUCCUAUUAUGAAUCACAUUUUACUGUACAGCCACAUUGUCUACUGUUGCUACAGGACCCAUUCAAAUUAAAACACCUCUUUCUUGAUUGUUAAGCUUUAGCAUUAAUCAUUUGUUAAUGCCCUGUUUACACAGAAAUGGCCGUCCACUUUGGAACGCCAACAGCACUGAAUGGAGAACAUAAUGUUUCCUGAGGCGAGGGCCUCAUUAAAAUGUUUGGAUUUUUUAACCUUUAACCAGCCUUUAAAUAUAUGGUGAGAUUCACCAGCUGCAGGCUAUAAGCCUUUAGUUUAUUUGAGCUUUAUCAACCAUAUCUUGUGUUUGUUACCAUUCACUGGCCCAAUGUAUUUAUUUCCCUCUUCUCCACACGCCCAUCACUGUAGAAAAAGCCCACAGGAACAUAGACCGAGAAUGUGUACAGACAUUUUAGAUACAUACUGCAGCCUUGAGUUUGAACUGUGAUGUAGACAUGGGAUACUUGGGGGCAAAAGCAGGAGGAAUUAAGUCACAUUCACGUAAACACAUUAUAGUGCACUAAACAGGAGGACAACAGAGAAACCCUGCAUUUCUCUUGUAUAAAGAACAGUGUCCUCCAUAGUUACAGUACAUUUAGUGAUAUUAAAUUAGGUUUUUGAGUCAUUCUUAAAUAAAAGUUAAUGCAAUUUCCAAUUGGAGCCUUACAUUAAAAUUCCUUGUAAAACAUGGACAAUCUGAGCUUCAAUUAAUGAAGACAUUGACUUCCUAGUUUCCCAUGUGCCCCCAUUACUCACAUCUCAUGGUCUUUCUGCUACUGGGCAGUGAUGAAUUGCCUACACUGGAUCCUAGUUUAACAAACGUCUAUGUACCAUGUUUGGCUUUUUGGUGCUUGUGUAUAAAUGUAAAGUUCCCCCCACCCUCGAACAACACUGUACCGUUUAUUUCAUUGGUUUUAUAUCCUCUUUUUUCGUCAAGGUGUUGUUCUGUUUUCCUCUAUACUGUGUCUUUCUCCUAUUGACUGUGAUGACAUGUAUUUGCCUCAUUCCUCCUCUCCCCUUCCCCUUUUUUCAGUGUGUAUUAAUCAGUAAUGUUUGUGGUUUUACUGAUGGUUUUAUGAAAAAGACAAGAGGACAAAAAAAGAAAAAAAAAGAAACAGGCAAAGAUAGUGUGGUGUUUAGAGACGGGUGGUGGUUGGUCUGGUUGGUCAUUACCAUCACUUCCUUUUGACAUGAAUAUGUAUGUAAAGACACUAAUGUUCAUCGUGGAAGAUGGGAGCAUUUCAAGAUCGAAAAUAAAAUAAAAAGAAU